AUGGAACGCGUUUUAAAAAGCUUUAAUUUACUUUUUGAUCGUCCCUUCGAACCGCUGAUAACUCCAAAGGGGGAAGAUAAAACAGUGUUCCAAGUUGCAAAAGAGUUUUUGGAUAAAGAUUAUCAGGACAUUGGUGCUGAGAUCAAUAACCGCUUUGGAAAUGAAACUACUGACGUAAUAGUAUUGAAUAAAUUGAACAAACUACCAGAAUUCCCGAAAGCUAGCAAACUACCAAAAGAUGCUGUUUUUUCAUUGUUCCUACCAAGCCACCAGGAAAUGGCGAAGGAGGUGUUGGAAGUACUGCUAGCCGUCCCGGAGAACCAAUUGCAGGACCUUCUGUCGACAUGUGCCUAUUCAAGAAUGCAUUUGAACCCCCAACUCUUCAACUACUGCUUUUCUGUCGCUCUGAUGCAUAGGUCGGUAUAA